AGCCUCAUGUGAUAGAGGUAGGUCAGGCUGAGCGGAGAGUCAGAGGGUUUAUUUAACUCGUCGCUCUGUCCUCCCCCACUUUCCCAACGCGCAACCAAGACGGCUGACUUCCUUCUGCUGCGGGACCAUUGCGUGGAAAUCACAGGGACUAACUUGAAACCAUCACACCUAAAUAAUAAUAAUAUUUUCAUAAACGCGAUUGCUGUUUAAACUGAGAAAUUAGUAGACAUUUUGAACAUUUAUUUUUUGAAGAAGCAUCCUGGUUUAGUUCCUAAACUACCGCGCGUAAAAAAAAAAAAAUUGUGUAUUUAUUUGCGACUGAACUGGAGAAGUACUUUGACAGCAUUAUUGGACUACAAGGAAUGGAACGAAUUCCAAGCGCGCAACCACCUCCUCUGUCCAAACACCAGGCUGAUCUGUCAGACGUGCAGGGGAUGGAUUUCCCAAUGUACGUUUAUAAACCCAGGAGGGGAAUGAAGAGGGGAGAAGAAAGCAAGGAAACCUACAAACUGCCCCACAGACUGAUCGAGAAGAAGAGACGUGACCGGAUAAACGAAUGCAUCGCACAGUUGAAGGAUUUGUUGCCCGAGCACCUGAAACUCACGACUCUGGGCCAUCUGGAGAAGGCUGUGGUUUUAGAGCUUACGCUUAAGCAUGUGAAAGCCCUCACCUCUCUUCUGGAGCAACAGCAGCAGAAGAUCCUGGCCCUGCAGAGCGGCAUGCAAAUUGAGCAUCCUCCUGUGAGCCAGGAGAAGUCAGAGGAGAUGUUUCGCUCUGGCUUCCACAUGUGUGCAAAGGAAGUUCUUCAGUAUUUAGGCAGUCACGAGACUGAUGGAGACUUCACGCCAUCCCAUGUUAUCAACCAUCUCCACAAAUUAUCGGCAGAGGUGCUCCAAAGCCAGAGCCGACCCCGCACCCCUCUCAGCCCUCGUCCCGAGGAAAUCCCCACCUACCACCAGCACCAACCUCACAAGGAGAUGCCCACCAGCCUACCACCUAAACCCAGCGAGGGCUAUGGGAGGAACUGUGUGCCGGUCAUCCAGCGGGUGUACGCGCCACCGAGCAGUGAGCAGAGCGGCAGUGACACAGACACAGACAGCGGCUAUGGUGGCGAGCUGGAGAAAACUGAAUCCAGCACGUCACAGGGACGACCAGAUUAUUACAGCCAGGAAAGUCAGCAGAAGCGACCGCUGGGUGACAGGCAGAGCUCAGACAUCAAGCAGGAGGACGAUGAGCCACGCCACAAACGGCCCCGGGCGGAGUCGUCUGAGGAUGAGUUGCUCUCUGGUGGAGAAUCAUCAACUUCAUCAUCCUCCAGUGGUUAUGGUAGUUACAUGAGCGUAUCCCCUAACCAUGCACCUCCUCCUCAACACCCCCUCUGCAUGCCAUUCUACCUCAUUCCACCCUCUGCUGCAGCUUACCUGCCAAUGCUAGAGAAAUGCUGGUAUCCGGGGGCUGUGCCCAUGCUCUACCCUGGCAUGGGAGGCUCCUCACCUGCCAUGACCAGUGAAAGGCCACCUCAGCUAGUGCUGUCUCCCAGGGGAGGUUCUCCAGCCCCAGCCAUAUCCCAGACCCCCAUGGACUCCCCUGCCCUCCUUCAGGCGCUAAAGCAGGUACCGCCCCUCAACCUGGAAACCAAAGACUGAGAGAAGAAGGAAGAGGCAAGAGGCAGAUUAUCCUGUCCCAGUAACAAAGGCUGAAGCAGUAAUGAGACAGAGAACGUGACUGAGCUGUCCCAUAAUCCACAAUCAUUCAUCUCCUCUGUUCCUCAGCGAGGAGGUCAAACAGCAAAAGAGAGGACAUGUAGAAAUGAUCAAGGAGAGAAAGACGAGAGCAGCAUCCAUCCACAUUUGGAGGGAAUGCAAAGCUCAGGUUGAAUGUUCAAUGCUCAGUGAUAUUCUUCAUUAUAAAUGUAUCAUAUGAACUGGACCUGCCCUACACACACACACACACACACACACACACACACACACACACACACACACACACACACACACAUAUACACUUGGUUGAAUGUAAAGAAAGAAAUGUUUUACAUGCUGCUGUUAAAGUGUAAACACCGGCAACACUGACACAUCUCACUUGUGGCUGUUGCGGUAAAAACACGCCAUCUUGUACUCUAGAAACUGUUGCACCAAAUGUUAGCGGUAAUGUGUCACCCAAAGUUUGUUGCCUAUAUCCUUUGCUCGCCAUUACGAUUACUGAAAAUACCCUUUUCAGCCGGUCGCUAAAAUGACUUGCACCAUUAGAUGAAAUGAUCUCCAAGUGUGUACAGACAAGAGUAAGGGUACAAGGAAGCAAUGGGCCCCCACACGGCCACACUGAAUGAGAUGUCUUGUUUUUCACCGACAGACAACUUGAGAUGGAUUUUCUGUAACUAUUGUUAAUAGACUUCUUGUACAUUUCUAUUUUUGAUACCCGUACUUGUGCUCUGUCCACCUAAAGAGACAGGAGGGUGGGCCGAAUGUGGACUAUGUAUGUUGUGUACUCAGAAUCUAUGUACAUACUGUAGCACUGUGCUGGACCUGGUCUGCGUACUCAACAUCUGUUUCUGCUCAAGUCAAACCCGGUGUUUGUUCUUGCUGUUGCCUUUUACUCGUGAAAAGCUGAUAAAUCUCAGAUGUGUAUUCUCUGUACUGCGUUUGAAUACUGGAGACAAAGGAGUAAGGAGGGGAGAAGUGAAUGUAAACGUUUUACCAGAAGACUAGUUUUCUAUAGAAAGAGGUACUUGAGAUUUUAUAUUUUGGGACCUACAUGAAAGAUGUUGGAUGUACAUAUUUUGUCUAUAAAUGUUGAUAUACAUUAUAUAAGUGUAUUAAUAAAGUAUUUUUUUCCCGUGGAAA